AAGACCUUAGGCCGGAAUGACCCAAUUAUAAUAAACCUCCAUUGCCUGCUUAUAUCUACUUCCCCAUCUCUUUUCACCUUCUCUCUUAGUACACCCUGAAACUAGUACUAACCAUUGACUUGUAAAUUAACAGACAAUUCUAUUAUUACUUCUACUGUACUAUUGGCCUUUACCAACUGCAGUAGCUAUGAUAUCCAGCAACACAGUCUACGUUGUCACCGGAGGAAACAGAGGCCUCGGCCUCAGUCUGGUAAAGUCGCUCCUGGCACGUCCUUCUACCACGGUCAUCGCGUCUGUCCGCAACGAGGAGGCAGCCGUCAGCCUAAAGGCCGAGAUCCAGUCCGUAAACGCAGGUGACAAGAGCAGCCUCCACAUCCUCCAGCUUGACUUCUCGUCAGCUAUUGCCCCCGAAAAAGUUAUCGAGACGUUCAAUACUGCCAUUAACGUUGAUCACAUCGACGUCCUCAUCUGCAACGCCGGAUACGCGACAUCCAUGGUGCCGGCGGCAUUGACUUCAGCCGAGGACUUGCGGGCAUCCUUCGAAACCAACACAAUUGCUCCGCUUCUUGUCUUCCAGGGCCUGUGGCCCCUACUACAAAAGUCCACUGCCGCACCCAAAUUUAUCAACAUGAGCUCUUCCGUGGGCUCCAUCGGCGGCCAAGAACCCGUUCCCGGCGGCGCCUAUGGGCCCAGCCGUGCGGCGGGUAACUGGAUCACGCGGGCCCUCCAUGUUCAGCACGAGAACUUAGUCGCAGUGGCCCUGCAUCCGGGCUGGGUGCAGACUCGCGCUGGAGACUUCGUUGCCCAGCAGUGGGGAUACGCGCCUGGCCCGCCUGAGACUGUCGAAAACAGCGUCAAGGGAAUGUUGCAAGUGAUCGAUGGGGCGACUCGCGAGGGUACUUCGGGCAAGUUCAUUACCUACCAGGGACAGGAAUUGCUAUGGUAAUGGAUCUGCUUUAACGGAGAUUCGAGUAGCAAAAGUUGCUUCAGUAGUUUUUCAAAGCAGUCCACUUAAAUUAACGCUUCAAUAUUC